GGCAGAAUUGAAAGUAAUAAAUUAAAAUAAAAGUUCUAAGGAUAUAUUCUGGUAAAAUAUAAAGACUUUGAGGAGUGCCUGAAGGAAAUUACAAUAAAAAUAGUAAUUUGCGAAAGUUCAAACGAAGUAUAAGAAAAGAGUGUAUUUAUUUAAAACAAUACACAUUUAGCCACAUGAUGUCGCUGUCCACCACAAGGUCUUUCACCACAAAAGAUACACAGUGUGGAUUACGUACCCAGAUGUCACUUUUCCUCGCCAUUUCUGAAAUACCGGCAUGGGAAGGUUUUAUAAGAAAUGAAGAAUAAGGAGCUCGAAUUACUUUUUAAAUUUUGGAUCCAGGCAAGAGAGACCAGAUAUUUGGGAAAGGGUUGCAAUGGUGUUUUCCUGCAGAGAAGGUCUAAGAGCCUGGAGACUACUGUGUUCGCUUUUGCUCCUCACAAUCUGGGAGGCUGGGAGCGGCCAGGUCCACUACUCGGUCCCGGAGGAGGCCAAGCACGGCACCUUCGUGGGCCGCAUCGUGCAGGACCUGGGGCUGGAGCUGGCGGAGCUGGUGCCGCGCCUGUUCCGGGUGGCGUCCAAAGGCCGCGGGGACCUUCUGGAGGUAAAUCUGCAGAAUGGCAUUUUGUUUGUGAAUUCUCGGAUCGACCGCGAGGAGCUGUGCGGGCGGAGCGCGGAGUGCAGCAUCCACCUGGAGGUGGUGGUGGAGAGGCCGCUGCAGGUUUUCCAUGUGGAGGUGGAGGUGAAGGACAUUAACGACAACCCGCCGGUGUUCCCAGUGGCUGUAAAAAAAUUGUUUAUUUACGAAUCCCGGCCACCUGGUUCUCGGAUUCCGCUAGAGGGCGCAUCAGAUGCAGAUAUAGGAGCGAAUUCGCUGUUGACCUACGUUCUUAGCUCCAAUGAAUAUUUUACCUUGGAUGUUAAAAGAAAUGAUAAGGAAAUUAAAUCCCUUGGUCUCGUGUUGAAAAAACUUUUAAAUCGGGAGGAUACUCCUGAGCAUCACUUGUUAAUAAUGGCGGUUGAUGGUGGGAAACCUGAGCUCACUGGCACUACUCAACUGAUGAUCACCGUUCUAGAUGCAAACGACAACGCCCCAGCGUUUGAGAGGUCGGUCUAUACAGUCAGAUUAUUCGAAAAUGCACCAAAUGGUACCCUAGCAGUGAUUGUUAACGCCUCUGAUUUGGAUGAAGGAGUAAAUAAGGACAUUGUGUAUUCUUUCAAUACAGACACCUCAGCAGAUACUCUGUCAAAAUUCCACUUGGACCCGGUUAAUGGAUACAUCAGUGUAAAAGGUAACUUAGAUUUCGAGGAAACUAAGUUAUAUGAAAUCCAGGUAGAAGCGACAGAUAAAGGAACGCCCCCAAUGGCAGAUCACUGCACUGUUCUAGUGGAAAUUUUGGACACAAACGAUAAUGUACCUGAGUUGGUUAUCAAAUCAUUAUCGUUACCUGUAUUAGAAGAUGCUCCACUAGGCACGAUCAUUGCCCUGAUCAGCGUGUCUGACCUCGACUCUGGUAACAACGGGCAGAUAUCCUGCACCCUGUCACCCCAUGUUCCCUUCAAGCUGGUGUCUACCUUCAAGAAUUACUACUCACUAGUGCUGGACAGCGCCCUGGACCGCGAGAGCUUGGCGAACUACGUUGUAGUAGUGACCGCUCAGGACGGGGGCUCGCCUUCGCUGUCGGCCACCGCCAGCCUGUCCGUGGAGGUGGCCGACGUGAACGACAACGCGCCGCUGUUCGCGCAGCCCGAGUACACGGUGUUCGUGAAGGAGAACAACCCGCCCGGCUGCCACAUCUUCACGGUGUCGGCGCGGGACUUGGACGCGCAGGAGAACGCGCUGGUGUCCUACUCGCUGGUGGAGCGGCGGGUGGGCGAGCGCGCGCUGUCGAGCUACGUGUCGGUGCACGCGGAGAGCGGCCAGGUGUACGCGCUGCAGCCUCUGGACCACGAGGAGCUGGAGCUGCUGCAGUUCCAGGUGAGCGCGCGCGACGCGGGCGUGCCUCCUCUGGGCAGCAACGUGACGCUGCAGGUGUUCGUGCUGGACGAGAACGACAAUGCGCCUGCGCUGCUGCCUCUGUUCCGCGUGGGGCUGUACACGGGCGAGAUCAGCACGACGCGCGCCCUGGACGAGGCGGACUCUCCGCGGCAGCGCCUGCUGGUGCUGGUGAAGGACCAUGGCGAGCCGGCGCUUAUGGCCACGGCCACUGUGCUGCUGUCGCUGGUGGACAGCAACCAGGAGCCAAAGACCCGGUCGAAGGCGUUGGCGGGUGUUGUGAGCUCGGAGACUGCGCUAGUGGAUGUGAACGUGUACUUGAUCAUCGCCAUCUGCGCGGUGUCCAGCCUGUUGGUGCUCACGCUGCUGCUGUACACGGCUCUGCGGUGCUCGGCGCCGCCCACCGAGGGUGCACGCGGUCCGGGAAAGCAGGUGCUGGUGUGCUCCAGCGCGGUGGGCAGCUGGUCUUACUCACAGCAGAGGCAGCGGAGGGUGUGCUCUGGGGAGGGGCCGCCCAAGACAGACCUCAUGGCUUUUAGUCCCAGCCUUCCACCUGGCCCACUUAGCGGGGAUACGGAAGAGCAGCUGAAUGUGGAUGUUGAUGUUUCUGCCAAAGUGAGUAAUUUUUAAAAUCCUUUCUAGAAUGUCUUUGUCUUUUGUUCCUCAA